CUUUUCAUACGCCCUGCCUCUGAAUAAUGAUAAUAAUGAUCAAGAUGGCUACUUCAAAAUCUUCGCUGAUGUAGCUAAACAGUGGGACUUCUUUAUGUUCAAGACCCUCGUAGGCGGCGGGGCAGAGCCACGGACACCACUACAUGGAUUACAGCGGGUCGAGAAGGCACUAAAGUCGCCGUGUUGCCACGGAGCACGCAUUCCGAAUAAGCUAACUAGCUAGCAGCGCUCGUCGAGACUCUCCGGUUCGGCUCCCCCAGCAGCUGCAGCUCUCCCGGUUCGUGUGCCCGCCCGCCGGAGCGCAGAGCGCCAAAUGGCCGAGCCGAGGAAGGUGCCGUUCGUCACCAUCUCUCCCUUCAGCGCUCCUCCUCCGCCGCCGCCGCAGCAGCAGCAGCAGCAGCAGCAGACCCCAGAGCCCAACAAGAAGCGCCGCCGCGAGGACGAGGCCGCCGACGUCUCUCUGGGGAAAGAUGGAGGUGGAGGUGCAGCGGCGGUCGGGUCGGGGGGUUCCGGAGGUCUGUUCGGCAGCGCCAAGGGAGGCGACGCCGACAGCGGGGAGGCGAAGCCCACCGUCCGCCUCAACCUGACGCUGAGCGAGCCCAACGAGAAGGGCUCCUCCGAGUUCAACUACGGCGAGCUGGUCCAGCCCACCGCUCCUCAGGUAAAGCCCGCGGGUUCCACGGUACCUAAGGGCCUCGCUCCUCCCCUGGACCCCAGCGACCCGUUUGCUGACGACGAGAAGGAGAGGCGGGAGGUGGAGGAGCUCGCCAGGAAGUUUGAGAGCAAAUAUGGGAGUGGCCCAAAAAAGAAGAAAAAGGACCGGAUGCAGGAUCUCAUCGACAUCGGUUACGGCUACGAUGAAACUGACCCAUUUAUAGACAACUCAGAAGCCUACGACGAGCUGGUGCCGGCUUCGCUCACCACAAAACACGGAGGCUUCUACAUCAACACAGGGACGCUGCAGUUCAGGGCCGCGUCGGACUCCGAGGGCGAAAACGCCGAGGACCAGCGCUUCAAGAAGAUGAAAGACGGGGAAGAGCGAGUGAUUAAAAAGCGACGGAAGAAGCAAGAUGGUGGAAUACUGGAGGACAAAAAACCAAGAAAGAAUAAAGUACCAAAGCCUGGCGGCGGCUCGGUCCUGGGCGUUCACCGGCCGGAGAAGAAGAAGAGGAAGAAGCUGAUGAAGGACUCCCUGCACCUGGCCAACAUGCUGCGCCGCUUCACCAGGGAGAAGGAGGAGAUGCGCAAGAAGAACCUGGCCACGGCGGCCGCCCUGCCGCGGCCCAGCGCCAAAGCGCCCGGCGCCAACAGCGCCGUCGGCGCGCACCCCAAGGCCGCCGGCCCCGGCAACGACUGCAACAUCACGGACCUGACCGACGACCAGGCCGUCAUGUCGCUGCUGGGCUCCGCCAACAACGACCUGCUGCAGGACAUGAUGGGGGACCUGGACUUCGGCAUGCUGGACUCCCCGCAGCCCGGCAGCCCCUCGCAGGGGGAGAACGGGGCGUUCGGGUCGGGGCAGAAAACGGCGCGCUUGUUGCAGGGCAGCGUGAUGACGCCGCCGCCGCCUCUGCCCUGCGGACUGCCAGGCCCUCUCUCAAAGCGCAUUGAAGACUUAAGAGCGGCGUCCCGUCAGUUUGACGAAGAAGGCAGGAAGAAGUUCUUCACGCUGGACAUGAACAACAUCCUUCUGGACAUCGAGUUGCAGGUUCAGGAGCAGCCUGUAGAGGUGCGUUCGGCCGUCUACUCCCACCUGGAGGCCUUUGUACCCUGCAAUAAAGAAGCUCUGCUCAAACGCCUUAAAAAGCUCAGCCUCAACGUGCAGGACGACCGACUCCGCGCGCCCCUCCUGAACCUGAAACUGGCCGUGUGCAGCGUGAUGCCGGAGCAGAUCGCCCGCUACAACAUGGACUGCAUCGCCAAGGUGGCCAAGCAGCAGUCCGAGGAAGGCGACAAGAACGGGUCCGAAGACGACGACGAGGAGAAGCCGGGGAAGAGGGUGAUGGGGCCCCGCAAGAAGUUCAUCUGGGAUGACAAACUCAGGUCGUUGCUGUGUAACUUGGUGCAGGUGAAGCUGGGCUUCUAUGAGCUGGAGGGCAAGAACUCUCUGUCCCUAGAGGAUUACCUCAAGGCCUUCAUGGAGACGGAGGUGAAGCCCCUCUGGCCAAAGGGCUGGAUGCAAGCCAGGAUGCUGUUCAAGGAAAGCACCAUGGUUCAUGGUCAUCUAACUGGCUUUACAGCAAAGAAAAAGAUGGUCCCAACUCCGAAAGCCAAGCCAAAGGAAGUAACGUGGGUUCAGCGUCCCACCCCUCCAGCGGGCGUCACGCCGUCCCCCGCUGCCCAGGUUGCCAAGCGACCUCCUCAGUCGCCGCCGGGGACCAUCUGCCUGGAUUCCCUCGACGAGUCUCCUUCUCUGGACUCCAUCUCUCAGGCACUGGCCAUCCUUGGCAACGCAGCCAAAGGUUUGGCCCAAGGGGACACUCCGCCUUCCCCGGAGAGACCCAAGACCUCCACCAACGCCCCCAGCCUCCACGCCUCGCCGCUUCUCCAGCCGCUGAAAAAGAACUCUGUCAGUACUCCCAGCUCCAGCACACCUCACUACAUCUCUACCUCGUCGUCGGCCUCCACCUCCCUGCCCCGGCCCGCCCCCAACACGUCCUCUCCCCUGACCUCGGCGAGGGUGGAGGGGACAGGGGUGGUGAAGGGCACGCCGCAGCCAAACAGACACACUGUUUUGAACACUCAGAGACCUUUAAGCGUGGGUGUGACGAAAGCGGCUAUGCCCGUCUCAGUUUCGCCACCUAAACCGCGUCCUCCACCCACCGCUUCUCCACUAGUGGCCCCGGGACCAAAGACGGGGGUCUCCAUAUCCCCGUCUGGCCUCCUUAAAGGCAGCAAUAAUAAAGCCACCAGCGGAGACACGAUUAUUAUCACUUCGACUCAGUCCCGGCCGCACACUCUCACGUCCCCCUCCCUGAUAGUCAACAAGACCUUUCAGACGUCCCGCCUGGCCCAGACCCCCCAGAACAAGCCGCCCACCUCCCUCCCACAAACCCCGUCUGCAGUUCAACCUCAGCCACAGUCAAACUUCAUCACCCCUAUGCACGCCACCCUCACCAAGUCCGCCCACAGCAGCAUCCCACCCAUCGUCAAGCUCACCCCCCGAACCCCCAACCCCGCCGUCGCCCCCAGCACCACCUCCAUCAUAUCCGCCUCCAUUUCCCAAACCCCUCGCUCUCAGGCAGCACCCUCGAUACACCAGUACACUCCCAAAACCCCGGCGGGCUUCCGGCCGCCGUUCUCAGGUGCUACAGGAGGAGUCGCCAAGUCGGGUCAAGGCAGCUACACUCCCUCGAGCGGCCAAAAGACCCCCAGCGUUAUCAGCGCCACCAACACCAGCCUUAUUAACACCUCAUCUAUGAGCAAGCAUUCAGGAAGCAGUGCCUCCCCCGCAGCUGCCUCGGUGACCCCAGGCCAGCGUCAGCGCACCGUGGGCGGGACGCCGCAGGGGGCCAAGCCGGUCGUGUCUCUUCCACUGUCGUCAGUCUCGUCUCAGCUACCGCAGGUCUCAACGACAGGAAGCGGCGGCCUGCUCGCCUCGGGCUCCUCCCUGGCCCUGGGCUACGGGAUGCUGGGGGGCCUGGUGCCCGUAUCCCUGCCCUUCCAGUUCCCCUCCAUGCUCAACCUGUCUCAGCUGGGGACGGGAGGCUCCAGCACGCCGACCAGCAGCUCAGCAGCCAGUAGCAGCGCCGCCUUCUCCACCCUGACCCAGAAUCUGUAUAAGAGUCUCCAGUCAGGGUCUCAGGUUGCUCUGCCUCCUCACUUGCAGCUCGCUUUCUCAGACGUCAGUCAGAGCCAGGGAAGCGACACUAAGAGGAAGACUCUAUGAUGCGACUGGAUUUGGUCACCUGUCAAAUCCCAAUGAUGCGGCAGAAAAAGAAGAAACGUGGGAAAGAUCAUGCUAUACAAGGGUGUGGAAUCAAGUGGGCUUCACCUCAUGAAAUCAGCUCUCAACACCACAGUUGAAUCCUUUUUAAAGACUAUUUUAUAAGUCCUUUGUAGAGCUGGCAAAUAGUUUGUCAAUGUUUACAUAUAGACCUAUAUCACUGUGGAUGGGGAGAAGGAAAGAAUGGGCUUCAGAUGAGUGGAGGUGUGUGUGCAUGAAGGUCUGGACCUGUGCCUGACUGGACUGUGUGCCUUUUGUACGUCUCCCACUCUGAUGCAUGGUCAGUUUGUCUACUUGGUGCUGUUUGUUUUUUUUAUCAUAAUGUAAUUAUCACUGAAACCUGUAAGAAAUGUAAACUGCAAAACGAAUUUGAGCUUUUUUAAGAGAUGUACAUGUUUUCAGAUGUACUUGAAUUCUUUGGUUUUGUUUCUGUAUAGAACGUAAGCCCACUUUAAUUAAAAUCUUUGAUCCUUA